AUGAAGUCCUCUGCGGAAAUCAGGCGAACCAUGGAGGUUCCCGCGACCAUCCACGCUCCUCUUCCUCCAACGUCGUAUCCUGCUUUCGAAGCCGCAGUCUUCACAGAUAUCGGUGGUCGGAAGCACCAAGAAGACAGAUUUACGGUUUGCCCGCAGCUCGUUCCUGGCCGCGAAGACUGCGCCUUCUUCGGCGUCUUCGAUGGCACUGUUGGCGACUUCGCGAGCGAAAAUGUCAAGGACCUUGUUGUUCCGCAGUUGAUUUCUUCGCCGGCGUGGCAGCAGGUCACGGAGCUGCUCCGGUCAGACUCGCCUGCGGCCCAGGUCGACGAGAAACUUCCCUCCCUCCUCGACCAGGCGGUCGACUACAUGUACAAAAAUGCAGAUAACGAACUCGUGAAGAUGUGUGAGCAGCUCAACAAAGACUACGCCAGCAGCACCUCCGUCACGGCCGUGCUGGCGAACGGCUACGUAGCCGUUGGGCACUUGGGUGACAGCCGUAUAGCGAUGGGAGUUGAGACCCCGAACGGGAUGAACUGCGAGUUCCUCACUAUCGACCACAAGCCCGACAUGCCUCAGGAAAAGCUGCGCAUCAUGCGUCAUGGCGGCAGCGUGGAGUAUCUUCACAAUCAUAAUAACAAGCCCUUCAUUCGCGGCGGUGACUUCUCCUUCCGCAAAUCGCGCGGCGAGCAGCCGAUGCAACUGCAGUAUUCGCGAGCCUUCGGAGGCAAGGACUUGAAGAUGUACGGCUUGAGCAACCAACCGGAUGUGCGCGUCGUGCGGCUCACGCCCCAGCACCGCGUGAUGAUUCUCGCCACUGACGGGCUCUGGGACGUCAUGUCUGCUCCGCAAGCUAUCGAGAUCGCUAUGCAAGCGCGGAAGGAAGGAAGAAAUCCAGCGCAGGCGCUGGUGGAGAUCACCCUCGCGGAGCAGCAGAGUAGGAAUCAGAGCGCAGACAACAUCACUGCAAUGACAGUUUUCUUCAAACAGGCUGGCGAGCAGUAG